AUGAGAGAUGAGCAAAACAGCCACCAUAAGUUAUUUACAGUGAGCUCAAUCCUUAGAGAUCGUGUGUUUUCAAGUAUUUACUGGAAAGGGGAAUGUUUUGCCUUGGACAGUGAAACUAUUUUGGACAAGGCAGUUUUUUUGGAUUAUAUUGGAACAACUUAUGGUGGUGAUAGAAAAGCAACACCAUUUCUGUGCUUAUUAGUAAAGCUGUUGCAAAUUAGGCCCAGCACAGAGAUAGUCUUGGAAUAUAUUAACAACCCAAGGUUUAAAUAUUUGACAGCAUUGGGAAUAGUUUAUCUUAGGCUAACUGAAUCUUCUAUCGUUAUACAUAGGUCUAUAGAACAUUUAUAUCAAGAUUAUAGAAGAAUUCGGAUUCGGAACUUGGAUGGAUCCUUUGAUAUUAUUCAUUUAGAUGAGCUAGUUGAGAUAUGUUUACGUGAUAAAAAACUGUUGGAUUUGGAUUUUCCAUAUAUUCAUAAAAGGGAAGUUUUGAUUAAACAAGGUCAUUUGAAGUUCCCAAGAGAGUCAAAGCUUAAAUAUAUUCCUUCGGACUCUAGUUACCCUUCUCCUAUUUCUCAAACAGAGGAAAGUUCUUGCAGAAAGCGAAGAAGAUCACUUUCCAGAUCUCCUGUGUCUUUCGAAGAAAAUAAUGAUGCUCAAACUCAGAAUAAACAAGGUGCUUCCAAGAUGUCUGCAUACUGUUCCAAAAGUGAAAUAAGUUUGUCUGUAGAGCAGUGGAAUGUUUACAGGAAAAAGCUAGGCUUGAAGCCAUUAAAAUAG